AUGAAUAAACAAGCUCAAUUAAAAGAAUAUGAAAAGUUAUGUGAAAUUAAACGAUUUGGAAUGAUGCAAAUUUCAAAACAAAUUGAAGAUCUAAAAAGAUCUGAGUUGAAAUCAAAAGGUAAACAAGAUAUAUAUAAACAUGCUUUUAUAGAAACAAAAAAAGAAUUAAGUAAAGAUGAAUCAGACACUUUUAUUCAAGAAGUUAAAAGAAAAGCUUCUAUUAUAAAUAAUCAAGCAAUUUUUCUUAAUAAAAAAGCUUCAACUAUAUUUGAAAAGAAGUUCGAUGCAUUUACUGACAUAUUCAAGAAAGAAGAAGAUUUUGAUUCAUCGUUUAAUAUAGAAAAUUUAGAAGAAUGUUCAUUAGAGUAUAAUUCAUCAUUUGAACACUAG